CUUAUUAAUGCAUUGGUUUGCUUCCUGAUAGCCUUUGCAUUAGUAGUGCCUGCUGCUGUGAUUUAUUACAACCAUUUGGAUGCCACCGUUAUGAUGAUCGUCAGAUACGUGAUUGGCGAAAUUCGAAAUCUCGAGUAUUACCUUAAAGUUUAUGUUACAUUUGAAAGCAAUGCAGGGAACUACUUUUUUGGAAUUAUCACAGGAAUUGUGUACCAUCAUUUCAACAGUAAAGGAAAAAAGUUAGAGAGCAUAAAGAAUUUCAAUGCAAUGUUCCUGUUGGCAGUGGCAUUCUUCAUCAAGAUGAACGUCCUGACGGUAUGUCUUCCUCGGGACCACCUCGCAGAACCGUCGCUACUUCUCGCCCUCUACGGAUCGCUUUUGAAAGCAUCUUGGGGCAUUCUGGCAUGCUUCCUGAUGUUCUAUCUCACCUUCCGGCCCCGUAAUCUGUUUGCGUCGUUUCUACAGCAUCCAGUAAUGUUGGUGCUAUCCAAAUUAUCCUACUCUUCGUAUGUCGUCCAAUAUACGGUGGUUUAUGCGAUCUACCGCAAUGUCACCACUCCGCUAAUGAGCAACGCCUUUACCACGAUAUUAUUUACAUCCGCCGUAGUAUUCAUCACGCUUUUCGUUGGCUUCCUACUCCACGUUUGCAUCGAAGUGCCUGUCAUGACUUUAUGCAAACCGCUUCUUGCGCCACAGCGUACAAACUUUCCAGUUUCACCGACUGAAGAGCAUCUUAUUGAAAAUAAGGCCAAGACUGAUAUCAAAGAUUUGAGUAAAUGAUCUUUAUAAGAUACACAAGAUAUACGUACCUUAAAUUCGAAAGAAAUAAUAUUUCUGCAAGU